GAAGUUAACGGUGGAGUUUCCAUUCCUCCUCCAAACGCAGAUAGCGAGCACUGAACACGGCUUUGUCUGCGUUUAUCUCUUCUCCUACCCGAACCUUUCGCUGUUUCAUCCGGAAUCGACAAAUCAGGACCUUAAAUCAUGUCACUCUAUCCAUCUCUUGAGGACCUGAAGGUGGACAAGGUCAUGAGGGCACAGGCCCAGUUUGCCCAGUCCACUUCCUCUGCUCCAGCUGUCACUGAGGGUGCCUACCAGCCUGCUAUACAAGGCAUGCCAAGCUCAAGUCUUUACCCAAGCCUGGAGGAGCUAGGAGAGUACAUGGGACUCAAACUCACUAGUGAUGAGGUGCAGAAGAACUUGGCUCUUAUCCCAGCUGCCGAUAAUCAAGUUGCAGUGCCAUCAGAAAUCGGGGGCAUGGUACGCCCAGUGACGGGCAAUGAUGUGGGCAUCAGGAGAGCUGAAAUUCGCCCAGGCCUGAGGGAGGUCAUCCUCUGCAAAGACCAGGAUAGAAAGGUUGGCCUGCGGCUGAAAGAAAUUGACAAUGGUGUGUUCAUUCAAUUAGUGCAGGCGAAUUCACCUGCAUCUCUGGCUGGACUGCGUUUUGGAGACCAGGUGCUGCAGAUCAACGGCCAGAACUGUGCUGGCUGGAGCACAGACAAAGCGCACAAGGCGCUGAAGGCAGCAGCCGAACAGCGCAUUGAGCUCGUGGUCCGUGAUAGGCCCUUCCAGCGCACAAUCACCAUGCAUAAGGACAGCACUGGCCAUGUUGGUUUUAUAUUUAAGUCUGGCCGUAUCAAUUCUCUGGUGAAGGAUGGUUCUGCUGCCCGCAAUGGACUUCUCACUGAUCAUUACAUUUGUGAGAUCAAUGGCCAGAAUGUCAUUGGACUCAAGGUAACAUAA